GUAAUUGAACACAACAAAGCCAUAUUCCUGAAUAGUCGUUCUUGCAUACGCGUUUUUCCUGUGUAACUAGGGCAUAAAAUAUAAGUAACUCAAAUUGAGGUUCAUAGCAAUUUCCACAGUUUUCAUAGAGCGUUGAAUAUAUUCCAUUUUCAUUGGAAGGCCAGUUUCUUUUAUGUUGGGACGUCUUGUUUGGGACCCACUUCACGUGCCCUAAUCUAACAACGGCAUUGGGACCAGAUUCUGUCCAUGACUUCAAACCUGAGCCUUUUAUUUUAAUUACUCAAACCAUAUACUAUCAAAAUGCCUGCAUUUGAGGAUGCUAAGAAGUACUUGGAAAACAUCUUGAAUGGAGACCAUGGGGUGGAGGGCAUUGCAAUCCAUGACAAGGAUGGAUGCUGCAUUGUCAAAGUCUCCACGCCGGCAUGUCCUGAGAGUGCGAUGGGCGUCAAAUACCUGUCGGCAUUCUCCGUUCUCUCGGACCAGGCAGCCAAAAUGAACAUGGAAAAGAACAAGAAGAUCUUCCAUAUGUACUCAAAACACCAGGUGGUGCAGUUUCGGCUGGACCCGGUCAUUCUGACGGUGGUGGCGGCCGCCUCGGCCAACACGGGCUACCUGUCCUCACUGGACGUCACGCUGGAGCCGCUGCUGCAGAGACUGCAGCCCCUGGUGCGGCCCCACUGAGCUCCGAGUCUAGCGGCGCUCGCCGGUGAGGGUGAGGGGAGUGCGAGGGUCGGCCUCACGGACGGGAGAAGCGGGUACCGACGGUGGCGCCGCGCCGCGGCUACUAGUGGAACUAACUAGGACGGCCGGUCACUGCAGAUGGCAGCCCAACAGUGCCAAUUUUGAGCCGAUGUAUGCGGUGUUACUGCGUUAGCGUCUCUGUCGAGGUCUCCAGACGUCGGCUGACACCGAGAGUCGUUGCAUUCGGUGCUCUCUCUGACUCAGGGGCACAUGGUCAGAACUGAGAAGCGUUCGCCUUGUGCUCGCUGAACGUUUAUCCAGCUGUAUUCGAGAGGGUGUAUGGCGUAUGCUCAUGCUCGGCUGUUUGGAACCACCGUAGUUCCCGACAAGUUACGACGGGGAAUGUAAUCGUGGUCGUGGCUGGCCAGCCCGUAUAUUUUAUUGGGUUAGCGAGGUAAACGCUUUACUGUCUUGGGGAUUUAAAUAUCGUGAGAACUUUUGUGUAUGAUAAGCUGUUAAGGUUUAUGUGCAUUAUGCCAUCUGCAAAUGUGAAAUCGACUAAUACAUGUAAUCGAUUGA